AUGCUUUUCAAUCCAAUCUCAUCGUUAAAAAUAGUAAACCUUAGUGAUAAUUCCCUAACUCGCAGUGUUCCCUCGUUGCUUUUCAAUCUCUCCUCCUUGGAGUCACUAGACCUUAGCAACAACUUCCUAACUGGGGUUUCCUCGGUGCUUUCCAACUCAAACUCCUCCUUAACAACACUAGACCUUAGUCACAACAACCUGAUGGGCAGCAUUCCUCCCUGUUUUUUCACCUUUCCUUUCCUCUGGAAACUUAACCUCGGAAGUAAUAAGUUCAGUGAUCUGCUCGCCAACUUUGACAAUAACCUAUACUCCCAGGACUUGGAAAUCCUUCAGCUUGAUCACAAUUUUCUGAGUGGUGAUAUCCCUUCUUUCGUCAACAGACUUCCUUCCUUGAAAAGCAUUGAUCUUUCCUCUAAUUGUUUCAAUGAUACCAUUGAUCUUUCUUUCUUUUUUAACUUCAAGGGCCUUGCUGCAUUGGACCUUUCAAAUAACACAAGGCUGACAAUUGAUUCAUCCCAUUCCGGUGACGAUGCACAAGGUAGUUCCAAGGGUUCUCCUGGGAUUGAAUCUUUAAAAUUGAACUAUUGUAAUAUUCAGACUUUUCCUAUAUUUGUCUGUAAACUUGGCAACCUUGUGGCUCUAGAGCUCUCCAACAAUAACAUUGAAGGGGAGAUACCAUCUUGCCUGUGGGAAAUUAGUCGUUUUGGCGCUCUGGCUCUUGAUCAUAACAAGCUACACGGUUUUGAAGAGCCAGCCCAUGGGAUUAGUUUAAUUGCAGAAGAUGGCUUUCGGUACAUGUCUGUCUCCAAUAAUCGGAUCGAAGGGGAAAUUCCAACUUUCCUUUGCAAUUUACCACUACGGGUCCUGGACAUGUCAGAGAAUUCCUUGACGGGUCACAUACCGGAUUGCCUUGGUAAACUGAACGUACUGAAUUUGAGAAAGAAUCAACUAGGGGGCCAAAUUCCAGAUGAAUUCGAGCCAGGGUUUGUCGUGUUUGUCGUCUUGAGUGACAACUUACUCACUGGCAAAAUUCCAAAGUCUCUCCUCAAUUGCUCAGCUUUGAGGGUCCUGGAUCUAGGAAACAACAAGUUGAACGACUCUUUUCCUUCUCAGCUAGGCCAACUGAGCAUGCUUCAAGUGCUGAUUUUGAGGUCCAACCAUCUACAUGGACCUAUUACAGUUGACGCUUCUCAACAGGAAUUUCAUUGGUUGAAGAUCUUUGAUAUAUCUAGCAAUUACUUUUCAGGGUCUCUCCCACAUGAAUUGUUUCGAGGCUUCAAGGCCAUGAUGUCAGGUACCCCAGAGAAUGAAAAAGAGUUCGUUCAAAUUAACUCGGCCUUCAUGAUUAGGUAUUGGGGACGGAAUGUUUCAUUGGACGUGGAGGAAACAAUCAAAGGAGAAUAUCGUUUGUUUAAAGAGGUCACGAAGGACUUGAUUAUCGUAGACCUAUCUAGCAAUAAUUUCACAGGCCGAAUUCCUGAAGAGAUUGGGUCCUUGACGUCCUUAUACAUAUUUAACAUUUCCAGAAACCAUCUUGUUGGCUCCAUCCCCGAGUCAUUUGGAAAGUUGCAGCAGAUAGAGUCAUUAGAUCUCUCUCACAACCAGUUAUCGGGAGUUAUACCAGAGGAGCUAUCUGUUCUCACAUAUCUUGAAGUCUUGGACCUAUCAUACAAUGACUUGCAUGGGAUGAUACCACAAGGAAACCAGUUCAGUACUUUUCCGGCAACUUCUUUUGAAGGAAACCCAAAGCUUUGUGGAUUACAGGUGAACAGAUCUUGCUCUCACGCUAUAGGAGACGGCUCUCAUGCUGGAGGAGAUGGUCUCGUUGACGGGGAAAACAAGCAAAUAAAUGAGAAGGGAUGGAAGUAUGGAUCAGUAGGACUCGGUUUUGCAGUUGGGUUGGUGAUCACAACUCUCCCCUUCUUGUUUAUGAACAGAGCAGCAGAUUGGUAUUGGGAUCGAACGGACAGGAUGAUAGACUUCAUCCUGCAGCAGGUUUUCCCUUCUCGAUUUGGUAGGCGUAGGCAUUGAGCGAACAGGUUCUCCUCAUGAAUCAAGAUUGUCUCCAGAUUUCUGCUGCUAGUGAAGUCCAUCUCGGUUGGCAAUGGCAUGUGUCUUCUCAAAGUCCCGACACACAGUUUUUUAAGCCAGGGCAAGUCAUGGUCCAACCAUAACCCAUGUGUCUAUAUCUGCAAUAUGGCUUCCUUUUACCUUUCUUCUUGUUUUUGUUUUGUUUUGCCCUUUUUUGGUGUAGCUGUUUCACGUUUGGUGAUGUGCUGAAUGUAAAUUCAAUACAG